AUGUCUAACAGUUACCGUACUUUGUCACAGCACCUGAACGACCUGAAGAAGGAGAACUUCAGCCUCAAGCUGCGCAUCUACUUCCUGGAAGAGAGAAUUCAGCAGAAGUACGAGGAGAGCAGCGAAGAUGUCUAUCGAACGAACAUCGAGCUGAAGGUGGAAGUGGAGAGCUUGAAGCAGGAGCUCCAAGAAAAACAGCAGCUUCUCAACAAAGCUCUCACAACAGCAGAGUGUUUAACCAGCCACAAUGAGGAAGAAGUUCAGAGACGCUGUCAGGAGAGGCAGGAGGAGAUCGAGCACAUGCAGCAAGUGCUCGAGACCAAGAUACAGUUCUUGCAGGAGGAGGCCCAGUUAGCACGCAGUGAGGCUGGGAGGUCGGUGUCAUUAACUGGGUCACACUGUCACACUUCCAACCCCUCCCGAGAUACCAUUAUGGAAGAUACCACUGAGGAUGAGAGGACUAACAACAACAUAACACCAUCCAACAAAGACAGGAUUAUCGAGGAGCUGACUAAAGAGCUUCACUCUAAGGAGGCCCUCAUUACAGAGCUGAGCGGAGAGAAGACGACCCUCGCGCUUAGGGUGGGAGAGUUGGAAGGUCAACUUCACGAACUGAAGUUGCAGAAGGACAAGGAUGUGGAGUUCUAUCAGGAGGAACUCGGUCACGAGAGGCUGCGUAUCGAACAGGAAAUGCAGAUGCUGGACAACAAAAUGAAAGAGACAUGUCGCAUCUGUGGAAGGGAUCUCUAUGGCAACCAGAGGAGAUGGAUCUUCCAUCCGACUGCCAAACUCAACCUGCAGGUGUUGCUGUCUCACGCGUUAGGCCAAGAGCUAGCGCGGGACGGCCGCGGAGAAUUCGCUUGCUCCAAGUGCACCUUCAUGCUGGACCGCAUGUACCGCUUCGACACCGUGAUCGCCCGAGUCGAGGCGCUCUCCAUCGAGAGGCUUCAGAGGCUCCUGCAAGAAAAACAUCGGCUCAGGCAGUGCAUCGGCGGAUUGUACAGGAAAACAAACUCGCCGGAGACUUGUGGCGAGGAUUCUGAUACGCUAGGAGAUGGGAUAGUGGAUAUUUCAGGCCUCACCCAUGCUAAGUACUGCGCUCUUCUUCAGGAGGAUCUAGUCUACUCUUUGUACGAAUCCUGGGCUGACGACAGUGUGGAUUGCCACCACCACCACACUUCAGCUGGGCCCGGGUCGGAGACUGCAGGGUCUCACCGCUGUUUGCCCGCAACUCCUAGGAGAUGUCGAGGAUGUUCCCAUUGGCGUGUGGCAGACUCGGACUAUGAAGCUGUUUGUAAGGUGCCCAGGAAGCUUGCACGUAGCACUUCUUGCGGGCCUUCUACCAGAUAUUCAGCCAGCGUUAUCGGAGGAAGCGGCGGAGGCGCGGAAAGUGAAGAAAAAGGAAAUGGGGAAGAGCAAGAUGAACCACCAUCCUCCUUGACACUAGUUCCUGGUUCUCAAGAAGUGUCUCGGACUUCAGAUAGUGACCGCACUCUAGCAGGAAGAGCCAGUUCCAGCCCCUCUAUAGCUUCCCUAGAGACAACUGAAGACUACAUUCAGCUUGGAGGCACAACAGAUGAACUUCUGAACUCUCCCAAAGAGCCGUCUGAGGACCGGAUAUCUGGCACCUCCCCUGAACGAGCACCACAUAGCCAAGCCUCCUCUGGACAAAGCCUCUCUCUAGCUCUCUGUUUGCUACAGAAUUAUGCUGUCCACCGUCCAGUCCAAAGCGCCAAAGGUAGUAAACUUCCAGUGCUGCUUAAACGGGGCUCCAAUCAUGGAAGGUCAGACUUCCCUGAUCCAAUUCUGGAACUUAACUUUGGGACUCCGAAUGGGGAAAGAAACAACCUCAUGGCAACACCUGAACUGGAAGCCCCCAUGAUCCAAGUGCAUGUUGGGUCAUACCCUGGUCAUAACCCGGUUGAUAUAGAAGAUAAUUUGGAAGAUGAUUACAUAGAGUUUCCGCCACCAACUCCACACCAGAAUCUCGUUGAGGAACAGCAGAGCCAGCUAAACCAAUAUGAGUGUGCGGCAGGUCAAUGUGUCAGCGAGCUGCAAAAGGCCCAGCUGCAGGUCCAAUCCUUGCAGGCCAAAAUUCAUGAGAGCGAUUCCAAAAAUAUGAAGCUGGAGGAGAAGCUAAGCGAGAUGGAGUGUGAGCUUCGUUCCCUCCGCCAGGCUGCCCAAAGACAGGAGAGAACCAUCCAGGACCUCACGGAUUCCAUUAGCACCAAAGACACUGAGGCUCAGGAGUUGUAUCAGCUGAUUGAGGGGCAGAAUGUCACUCUGUACAAGCUGCGAGAGAUGGCCCACCGUAAUCAGCUUUCACAAAGCAAGCCUCCAGAGGGGGUUAGUGAGUCCGUGACCCUCGCCCAACUGCAGGGAGAGCUGGUAGGAGUGCAAAGCUCUCUGUUUUCAUUGGGUCUGGAACUGGAGGCGAGUCAAAGGAGUCUCAGACAGACUCAGAGACAAGGGGAAGACCUGGCUCGCUUUAAAGACAGACUAAACGCUGACCUCCUGGAGGCGCUGCAACACAGAGAAGAAACUGAAAAACACAAUCAGGACCUGCGUUGUGCACUUGUGAAAAUCCGCAGUGAGCUGCAGGUGAAAGAAGAGGCUCUGAAGGAGGCCGUGGCAGAAAGACUCACUGCGAUUCAAGAAAAAGACGGAUGCAUCGCUCAGCUUAAUCACUCUCUGAAAGAAAAGGAGCGACAAUUACAGGAGUACUCGGAGAUGUUGGAAACUUCUGGAAGCUCCAAACCGAGAGAUGCUCUUCUUGAGAAACUGAGAGAGCGCAUUAAAGACAGAGACAAAGCGUUGGAGCGCUCCAUUGAUGAAAAGUUCCACUGUCUGGACGAACGUGACGGUCAAGUGAGGACACUACAAGUGGCCCUCAGGGAGAAGGACCGAGACCUGGACAGGCUCCGCUGCAUCCUGUCCAACAACGAGGAGACCAUCACGAGUCUGGAUGCCUUGGUGCGAGGGAAAGAACUAGAGCUGGAGCAGGCGGCUGAGGCCUACCGGAAUCUCCAGUGGCUGAAGCAGCAGAGUGAGGAGAAGGAACGGAACACUACAAGAGAGAAAGAUGCCAUCAUCAGCCAGCUACAAGCGGCACUGCAGGCUCGCAGCAAGGAGGCACAGGAUCUGACUGCAGCCUUGGUUGCCAGAGUACAGGCAGGUCCCACGGACGUGGUGGAAGAGCUGAAAGCUCGGCUCCAGUUGAAGGAAAAACUCUUCCAAGAGCUACUUUCGGACCGCAGCCGCCAAUCAAACGAACACCAAACCCGGGUGUCGGACUUGCUCGACACCCUCAGUUCCAAAGAUCAGUACCUACAGGAUAACUCGUACAGGCUGUCCUUGGUGAUAAGCGAACGCACCGGUCAGCUGCAGGAGGUACGUAGGCAACUGUCACAGAGAGAACAAGACUUAUGCGAGUUACGACGGGACAAUGAGAGGGAGAAGGGCGGAGAGGUCCACCAUCUGCAAGGUCUUCUUCGAGAGAAAGAAGCCUUUAUUAAGGAGAUGAUGCAGAGCCAGGAGGAGGUCAUGAUGCAGUCGUCCUCAGAGAGUGAGGAAGAUGUGAAGGCACUGCAGGAAGAGCUCCAAUUACUGCUCAAGAAGGAGAGGGAAGCCCAGGAAGAACUCUCUGCCCUGCGUUCAUCUUUGGCAGCCCAGCAGGCAAAAGGAGCUGCAACUGAAAGUACCGAACACGUGCUGGAGCAACUUGUAUCCGAGUACCGUCAGCUAAAUGCUGCUCUGAGGGCCGAGAAGAGAUUAUACCAGAAUCUCAUUCACACCAACAGGGACAGCUCAGAGAAGACACUGACCCUCCACACACAACUCGACUCGGUUCAGGCACUCCGCGGACAACUAGAGGAGGUCCUAGCCCGGAUUCAGAACAUGGCCCUGGAGCUGGAAAGGGCUGCCAAAAGGCAGUCUGACUUAGGAGAUGUCAGCAGUGAAGAUGAGGAGGGGGACGAUGAAGACGGCAGCAGCGAUGAGUUCACAGACAGCAUAGAGGAGGACGAGAAAGUGACAUCUGCAAGUUUGCCUUCCGAUCAGGCUAAAAAGCACUGUGGGCAUGAAGUUGAACUGGAGCUAAAGGAAAUACAGUCACAACUGGAAAGGGAGGGAUUUAACUCAGUGACUGAGAUGAGGAACACACUGCAGAGGCUUCAGAAGGAGAAUCAGUUCCUAAAAGAACAUCGAGGAGUUGGGAUAAACCAGAGAAGUGAUGAUGAUGAUACUGAGGAGGAAGAGAACUACAUGGAGGACGAUGAAGAAGGAGUAACAUCUUCAGAGCCUGGCAAGGCAGAGCAUUCAGCCCGUCUUUGCUCAGAGAACCGAGAGCUGCAGGAGAGGCUGAUGGUGUCCGAGGCAACUGUUCACGCUCAAGCCGAGCAGCUCAAAGACUACAGGGACCUGCUCACUGAGACAUCUGUGCAGCAAGCCAGUAAGCAGGUGCAAGUGGAUCUACAGGAUUUGGGCUAUGAGACUUGCGGACGCAGUGAAAAUGAAGCAGAGAGGGAGGAUGCGAGCAGCCCAGAGUUUGAUGACCUGGAGAUGUGCACGGCGUUGUCUCAUCAACAUGAGGAUAGCGUGGGUGGCGAUUGGUACAAGACCAGUGGAAGCAAACAUAACGAAGGCGCUAGCAACGAAAUUAGCGAUGAAUCGGCUUUGCGGCAUCUAGUCCAAGAUCUGCGCUCUCAGCUGACCCGCUGCCACAAAGUCAUCCGCGGGCUUCAGAUGCGCGUGCGCUCCCUGUCGGCCACGAGCGACUACGCCUCAAGCUUGGAACGGACGCCGCGCAAGGUAAACUGGGCCUUAGAGAUGUUGCCUGCCCAAGAGGGUGUUGAGGAAGAUGAAGGCUGGGUGUCUGAUACGCAAGCAACUUCGCCGGGGUCUAAACAGAGUAGCGAGCUCCAGGAGCUGAUUGCACGUGUUGCAACGUUGGAGGCGCAGUUGAAGGGCUCUAAACUGGAAGGGAAGAAUCAGACCGAGGAGGGAAAAUGUGCCACGUGGCCUGGGAAGUACAAUUCUCUCAUCCAGGCCCAAGCUCGUGAACUCUCGCACCUUAGACAGAGGAUGAGAGAAGGCGAAGGAGUGUCCCAUAUCCUCACGCAACAUCUUGGGGACACCACCAAGACCUUUGAAGAACUUCUACGGGCCAACGAUGUCGACUACUACAUGGGGCAGAGCUUUAGAGAGCAGCUUUCACAAAGCACAGCCCUGGCCCAGAGACUGCUCGCCAAGAUCAGCGGACGAGCAGAGAGUCCAGAUGACAAGACAGGCCAUGAGUUGCUCGCUCUGGAGUUGAGCAAGGAGCUUCAGCAGAAAGAUAAAAUCAUCGAGUCUCUGCACAACAAGCUGCAGCACCGCUCGGAGACGCCGUCCAGCUGCCAAGCCCUCUCGGAAACAACCGACCCGUCAGAUAGGACUUCCCUGGUGUCGGAUGAGUGUCAAACCAAUGAAGACCUGGAUCUGUGCUCCGAUUUAGACGCCAGAGAAUACCAGGAUGAAGAACAGUCAGAACAAGACGCCCACCCAUCUAUCCUUCCUUCUCGCGGACCCCUUCAAUCAUCCUUCAGCUGUCCUGGCAUGCUUUCCUCAACUUCUGUGGGUCUGAACAGUCUGUACGCUAAAGCCCCUCUCAGUAUUCCCCUUUCCUCAUCCUUUCCUUCCUCUCGUCACCCCGAUAUCCGAAGUACAGAGGUCACAUGUGACCUCCACCAUAGGGCGCUAUCCGUGAUGGCUGUUCGCCCAGAGCUGGACACGCUGUACACUCAAUUGAAUGAGCAGAUAAGGGGGUUCCCGGAUGCUCACGGCAAGCCUCUGUUCACUCUUUCGCCCGACGCCCACCUCCAGGGUGAUCCUUCCGGCUACAACCAGCUACCCCAUCAUGCAUUUCAACAGUACCAGCUGGGCGGCAUUCCCGAUGGUCAGUCACUCAAGUCAGAGUCUGGUCUGCUGACGGGAGGAGGAACAUUUUGGGACAAUGUGACUCAACCAAUGGGGAACUAUUCUGGAGUCCCUGGAUAUCUCAUAGGAAACAACCAGACAGGGGCGAAUUUAAUUGAAGAGCACUUACGGGAGGUGCGAUUCCUCCGCCAGCGUCUGGAAGAGUCCAUUCAGACCAACGAGAGGCUGCGACAGCAGCUGGAGGGGAAACUGGCAAACCCUGGACGUGAUGGAGGAGCUCCAACCAACAUUUACAUUCAGGGGCUGGACACAGUCACACAUCUGUCCAAUGAAAUCCGAGUCCUGACCGAUGAAAACUUGAAUCUGCAGUCCCGUCUGCAGGCGAGCACAGACUCAUGCGAGGAGCUGACCGCGGCGCGUGCCUGCCUCAAACAGGCCGAGCUGGAGGCCGAGCAGUGGAAGGAGGAGUUGAGACGAUUGCAAACGCACAGUGAAGAGCAGGGACAGCAGAUCCACGCCAUGAGGCAGGAACGGCAGGGCAAUCAGGACAAGAUCAACAGAGUGCAGCACGAGGUGUCACUCCUGCAGCAGCAGCUGUGUGAGAGCAGGGAGCUCGUCCACUCGUUGCAGACCGAACUGCAUGUGUACGAUCGCGUGUGCUCCAGUUUCAAAUCCACCAAAGGCUUUCAACGCGAGGCCCCGGGCCUUCCUCUCGAGUUGGGCGAGUUACUGAGCGAAGUGAGGAGUCUGCGAGCCCAGCUUCAGACCAGCGUCCAGGAGAACAGCGCCCUCAAGCAAUUGGAGCUCCACAAACAGCUCGAGCAGAAACUGGGCGGCGGCUCUCCUCGCACGCCGUCCCUGUCGGCCUUCGGCGCCAGCCCUCAGAGAGAAAACUUCUACAGGCGACAGCUGCUGCACGACCCGGCCCCGUCUCCGCCCGUCAGGGACAUUGGUCUCUUUAACUGUGGAUCUCCCUAUCCCCCUUACUCGGACUCGGAUGACACUGCCAACGACACUCUAGACCCUCACUCCGAGCUGGAAGGCGAAGCCCCCGACGGCUCGUUUGCCAACCGUUACGGCCGCCACGCCGUCGGUCACGUGGAUGACUUUAACGCACUGCAACAACAAAUCCUGGAAGGUCACGGCCUCGUGCAGCAAAUGGAGGCGACGCUGCUCGCGGGUACCCAGAAACAAAACAGUGAGCUGUUCUUGGAUUAUGAUAGCGCCAAGAGUCUCCUGUCCAACACCAAGACUGUGCGGCAGAUUUUGGAGGAGGCGGCAUCUCUUCUGAAGAUGUUUUGGAGGGCGGCGCUGCCCAGCACUGACACAUCCAUCCCCAACAUGAAGAAGGAGCAGUCUAUGCAGGAGGAGAUCUUGUCCCUCAAGCUACGUGUGUCUGAGCAGGAGGAAGUUCUGAAGGGAACCAUUCAAAGACUGAGAAGCACCAGCCGAACUAAGGAGAGCAUGGAGCAUUUCAUUGUCAACCAGCUGUCAAGGACUCGGGAUGUUUUGAAAAAAGCAAGGACAAACUUGGAGAAGAACGAGCAGAGACUUUCCUCUCUUAGCUCCGCCUCUUCCUCCCCCUCUGCCGCUGAGAAACCAGGAGGCAGUGCCAGAGAGCAGCCCGCUAAUGUCGCUCGCCUGAGGACCGACGUCGCCAGGAAGCGCACCAGCCACUGCUUGCUUUAA